AUGGAAUAUGCCUUAGCUGUACAUCGUUGUGAUCAGAAAAAAGAGGAUAUUCAGGUUAAAAUUUCAAAAAAAAUUUCCCUAAAUUUUUUAAAGAUGAUAGAUAACGUGAACAUGGAAUGGAUUUGUAAAAAAACACCGAACCGUCUAAUGAAAAUUGCGUCUUGGAUGAUGCAUAUGGAAGAAUUUCGAGAGAUUGAACAAGAUGAACAGGUAAUAAAAGAAACUUGCAAAAAAAAAUUUUAAAAAAAUUUUCAGUUUUUAAUUUUCAAGGCAGUUUGGACAUUAUGGGAGCCGUUUGAAACUGUGGCAACAUCUUUGGAUGUGUUUGGAGAACGUGUUUUGACAGAGCAGGUAUAAUUUCAUGCUUCGAGCAGCAAGAAAAAAACCGUUAAUCUCCUUAUAAUACAAAAAUUGAUUCUGAGGAAACGUGAUAUAAAAACGUUCCGACCUUUUUUGGAGGUGAGCUCGAUCGAGCUUCUGUGAUGAAUUGUUUCUUGUCGUCCUGAUCAUUUCGUACUCAGUGCUCGAAAAGAAAAUCUGCAAACUUCCCGAAAUCCUUUAAAGCGUUUAGUUAUUGGAUAAAUAAUUUAUUUUUUAUGAGAAAAACGUACCAAAAUAAUUUCAAGGAGCUUAAAACAAGCGUGGCAGACUCAGAAAGGCCUUCUUCAAGCUGGAAUACACAAAAAAAAAAGAAAUGAAAAAUUGAAUGAAUCACUAAGAAUAACUGCCGAGAUAAACGCGAGACACUGGCGGUACAUUGACGAGCUCGCAAACAUCUCGCUUUUUUUCUCGCGCCGGUUUCGCAUUAGUCUGGGCGCGAGCUCGCAUUUUUCUAGGCGCGAGCUCGCAUUUCUCUCGCAAUUUGAAAAUUUCCGAAAUGCAAGAUAAAUGCGAGAUGGCGCCGAGAAAAAUGCGAGGUCGCGCCGAGAUAAAUGCGGGAUCGCGCCUAGAAAAAAGCGACAUUUUUGCGAGUUAGUCAAUGUACCGCCACCGAGCUCGCGUUUAUCUCGUCAGUUAUUCUUAGUGAUUUUAUAAAAUUAGACUAAAUAGCGAAUGCGUCACUGUGCUGCACUAUGUUGACUGUGACGCGCAAAAAUAAAUAUCACUCACUCGAUUAUUCGGGCUUUCUAUCUUCUUUUAAAGUUUUAAACGUUUAUUCAUAUUUACUUUUUUGUGGUUCGAUUGUUUUUGUUUUGUUAAUAGUGAAGGAAAGUCAAACACUGCGUCGUUUCUUUUAUAAUUUAUAGGUGAUGAAGUUAGCAAUUAUCACAAUUUCAUAUGUUUUCAGCUUUUCGUGAUUAGCAGCGAAUUUGCGAUUCAGUACAAGAAGGCUUGGCUCGAUUUAAGCUCAAUAACCGACUAUCCGUCUGAACCGAUUUUCAAGUUAGUUUUAUUCUUCAUUUUCUGAAUUCCCUUAUUAAAAAUAUCUUUUAGAAUGUUUGAACCAUUCAUCCGACGAAUAAUCGAUGAUGUUGCCAGAAAACUGUAUGAAAUGAAGGUCUCGAAAAUUGAAGAGGCGUAUAUGUUAUGCCAGUUGGCCUGGCACCUUUCCGGUAGUUUAUGGUAAAUCCUUUUGUUGAAAACCGUUUUUCAGGAAAAGAAUUGAAAAGGUCAACAAUCGACGCCGGGGACCGUUUUCUGGAAGAAAUCGCCAACGAUCUUCAUGAAUACUACAUGGACAUCAAUUUGGGACAUUAUGCGGCAAGGCUGAUACAGUUGAUGAACAUUGUCAACGACUGGAAGGUUCAAAAAAAUACUAAAACAAUGGAAAACUCUUUUUUUUUUAAAGAAAAUCUUCAUGGAUCGGCAGAAAGUGUUGGAAUUAGCCAAGUUGUUCGACGUUUUCAACGUUGUUCCUUCGGAGCCUGACUUAUUGUUCUAUCCAAGUUGA